UGUAGACUCUUUGAUUUAUUUUUCUUUACCCCUCUCUCUCUUCCCCCAUCCGCUCCCUCGCUACCCCCACUCAGCCCCCGUCAAAAAUGAAACUGUAGACACUCUUCCAGAAACUUUUCAGAUUGAGGGGAAGAAAAACCUCGUUUCGUUCAUUCCCUGCCCCUUUGUAAAAAUAAUAUUUAAAAACAAAUGUGCAUAAGCCAGCAAAACAAACAAAAACGCUGGCUAGCAAGAGCAAUCUGUGUUGCUUUCUCCUUGUCCUCUUCACCCCCACCCCACAAAAGUUUGCCACUUUACACAUUUUGAUCAAAUGCAUUUAUUUGGAUAAUCGCCUCCAAAUAAAUAGAGGGUUUUUCUUUGCAGCGCAGAUGCCAAAACAUACCCUAUCUCGGGGCAAGUUCGUGAUGUUUUUGGGUUAGGUGAGAACUAGUCCAAGUUGAAUGGUCUUAUUUGUGGACAGAAAGGUUAAAUCUGCGAAGUUUAUUUUGCGUUAAAAGUUGGAUAUUGUACCCGCUUGAAUAGAGAUCCGAAUUAUCCACUAGGGAAAAUUUUUUAUCAGGCCUUUUUUCUUUGGUUGAGUAGGAAUUUUUUUUGCACAUGUAGCACUCAUGUUUUGUUUCUUAUGAUCGGCAAGAUGUGUGUGGUCAUCGUGAUGAGUGUUUGUUUUGAAGCAAAUUGCUUUUAGUAUCGAGAGAUGUGGAGCCUAGGAGUUUGAGGGGGAAAUCGAUGUCGGAUUCAUUCAUUUUAAGUACCUCCUGUUGCAUAAUGAUGCCGCUAGUACAGUGAUUUCGUGUUGUUCGUUUGUGCAUUCGUGUGUUUUUGCAACUCGAAGUCUGGUGAAUUGUUUAAAAUCGAGUGCGAAAGAAAUAAAACAUUAAACUUGGGAAUUCGUUUCUGAUUUUCCAUGUUUCUAGGCUUGUGUAAUUUUGUCAAAAUGCAUCACCAACAGCGAAUGGCUGCCUUAGGGACGGACAAAGAGCUGAGCGAUUUACUGGAUUUCAGUGCGAUGUUUUCACCGCCGGUGAGUAGUGGGAAGAAUGGACCAACCUCCCUGGGAAGUGGCCAUUUCGGGGGCUCAAAUCUGGAAGACAGAACAAACUCUGGAUCCUGGGGAGCAGGAGAUCAGCCUAGUCCAUCCAGGGGUGAAGUAUUGGGAUUUAUGGAACAGAAAUGGAACUAUGGCGAUGGAGUGCACUAUGAGCAAGUGACCAACAGGGACCUUGGAUCGCAUGACAACAUUUCCUCCUCUUCAUUCAUGAAUUCUCGACUUGUGGGCAAAGCAGAGAGAGCAUCAUUCCCAUUUGGGAGGGAUUCAAACAUGCAGGGCUGUCAGCUCCAUUUGACUGCCAUGAGAAGAGGAAUGCGUUCAAAGUCAAGUCUCCUUGGGCCUGACAUAGGUGUAGGCAGUCCAGGUGCUGUAUCACCUACGAGCACCAAGCCUGGCUCACAGUAUUAUCCAUAUUCCAGCAAUAAUUCCCGUCGGCGACCAAUGCAUGACUCCUCAAUGGAGAUUCCACCGAAAAAAGUUAGGAAGGUUCCUCCAGGCUUACCAUCUUCAGUGUAUGCACCGUCAGCAAGUGCUGCCGAUUAUAACAGGGAUUCUCCUGGCUACCCUUCCUCCAAGCCACCUACAAGCACAUUUCCCAGUUCAUUCUUCAUGCAGGAUGGGCACCAUAAUUCCGAUCCAUGGACUUCCUCUGGUGGAAUGAAUCAGCCCGGUUAUGGAGGAAUGUUGGGAAACUCCUCCCACGCGCCACAGUCCAGCAGUUACUGCAGUCUGCACCCUCACGAGCGCCUGAGCUACCCACCACACUCCUCAACGGACAUAAAUGCCAGUCUCCCACCGAUGUCCAGUUUCCACCGCAGUGGCACAAAUCACUAUGGUACUGCGUCCUGCACACCACCGGCUGCCAACGGAACAGACAAUAUCAUGGUAACCAGGGCAGCAGCGCCAACUGGCAGCUCUCAGACUGGCGAUGCACUGGGUAAAGCACUUGCAUCAAUCUACUCGCCCGACCACACUAACAACAGUUUCCCGUCAACUCCAUCAACGCCUGUUGGAUCUCCGCCAACCCUCACAGGUACCUCUGUGUGGUCCAGAAAUGGAGGCCAAGGUCCAUCUUCUCCCAAUUAUGAAGGCCCACUUCACUCUUUGCAAACCCGAAUUGAAGACCGCUUGGAAAGAUUGGACGAUGCCAUUCAUGUCCUGCGAAAUCAUGCAGUGGGGCCAUCUACAGCCAUGCCAGGUAGCCAUAGUGAUUUGCACAGUUUAAUAGGAGCAUCUCAUAACGGACCUAUGGGAGGCUUGGCAACAGGAUAUGGGACAGGCUUGCUGUCGGCUAACCGACAUACUUUAAUGGUGGGAGCUCAUCGCGAAGAAGGUGUUGGUCUUCGCGGCAGCCAUCCAAUUGUGUCAAACCAAGUGCCAGUUCCACAACUUCCAGUGCAGUCAGCUACAUCUCCUGAUAUAAACCAGUCCCAGGACCCAUACAGAGCUCUCUCUAGUGGCCUCCAAGGACAGAGCGUGUCAUCAGUCAGCUCAGAAAUAAAAUCGGAAGAGGAACCAGAUGAGAAUCUACAGGAUUCAAAACCUACAGAUGACAAGAAGGGGGAUGAGGACAAGAAGGAUAUCAAGAUACUACAUAGCAAUAAUAACGAUGAUGAAGAUCUUUCUCCUGAGCAGAAGGCUGAACGUGAGCGAGAAAGAAGAAUGGCAAAUAAUGCCCGUGAGCGACUGCGUGUGCGUGACAUUAAUGAAGCAUUCAAGGAACUCGGCCGUAUGGUGCAGCUCCACCUGAAGAGCGACAAACCACAGACAAAGCUCUUGAUCCUUCACCAGGCAGUUGCUGUUAUUUUGAGCCUGGAACAGCAAGUCCGAGAGAGGAACCUGAAUCCUAAAGCAGCUUGUCUGAAAAGAAGAGAGGAGGAAAAAGUAUCAACAGAUCCACCGCCACUCUCCCUUGCAGGAGUCCACCCGAAUAUGGGAGACACAUCCAACCAAAUGGGCCCAAUGUGAAAAGAGGCCCAUGGUGCCAGAUCAACAAAAAAUAAGUGAGAGACCAUUUCCUUGACAACUGUAUUAUCUUACAACAAUGUAAACACUCUGCCCACUCCCCUUUUUUUGUAAAACGGAGACACAUUAAAAGCAGUCACGAAAAUGAAUCACACACGAGAGAGAAUGAGCAAGGAAAAAAAAAGAGAAUACUGCAUUCCCAACAAGCAAAGUACAACUUGGGGGACAAACUCAAAACAUAUCAUUCAGAAUGUUGAGCAGUAUAUUGCAAGCUGUUAAUGUACAGCCUAGAGACUGAAUGGCAAUCUUCUCCACACUGUGGAAAAUGCAUUUGUGCCUGAACUUCUGUAAAAAAAUAAAAUUAAAAAAAAAUCAAUUUGUAGGUUGAAAAAAAUAUUUAUUUGAAAUCGUAACCUUGCAAUAAUGAAAAGUGUACUUCUGAUAAAAAAAACAAAAAAAAAUACAAUUUAACAUUAUUUUGUUUUGUUGGUGUUCUAGUCAGCUAGUGUUUGUUCUCUGGAGAGAGUGAAGCUUUGCUGCCCGUCAACAUCCAGUAUUCACAAAAACCAGCAAUUAUCCUAAUGGUAACUUAGGUGAUGACUGCUUAGCCAUUCCUUUGUCUGCAUGGGAAUAACGGAUGGAAUAAUGGGUCUGUUGGUGGUGUAAUCCGUAUGUAUAUUGCGAUGCCUGUGUUUUUCUUUUGUGAUUUUUAUUCCUGUCAUUUUCCUGCAGUUAUAGAGUAUUUGAUGGAAAAUAGGUCACAUCCUCUGCCUUUUAGCAAGAAUUGUUUAUAUUGGAAACUAAAAUCAACAUGACAGCUUUUUUUUAAUUUAAAUGUGAUAUAAUGGCAGUGGUCAGCAUGGCUGUUAUGUGGAAUCCAGGAAAAAAAAGAGUAGUUUGGGCUACAAAAUUCAUAAUGGCACUGUUACUAAAUUACGUUUCUUCCUUUUGGAGGGUGCUUUGUUGUCUCUGUAAUUAGGACAGUAAGUGGAAACUUACCUCAAUGACUCUGUGGACGAAGGGACUGUUCAGUGAACUGGACCUCAGAAACCAGGAACGACCCCACCCAGGCUCAAUCUGUAAACCUUGCUUAGUUAGCUGAUCUCGACCAUGAAGGUGGUGUGGCUGCUGCAAUCGGCCUUUGUGCUUCUAGACAGGAGGAGGGAAAUGUCAGUCAAUAUUCUCAUUCCUGAUUACCAGCCAGUGAAUUGUGCAGGAAAAUUCACGUGGUUGGCAUUUGGACUUCACUGCCAUCCCCCUUGUGCUAAAACAACCUGCUGAAAGCUGUUAGCUGAGCUCACUGCUUCAAGUGAAGUAGCUGGUGCCUAUUAAAACAUGCCCCAGACUGACUGGACCUUUAGGAGACAAGGGGCAAAAAUUGAAAGGAUAACAAUAUAGCAAGUGGAGAACAAGACAUUAUAAUGAUCAGUUAUGAAUAUGGGAACCCUAAAGUAAGGGUAAAUGGAGGUUUCCACUAUAAUAUAUACAAAAUAUUAUAACGGCAGAAAAAUCCAUUUGCAUUCCAUUUUUACCAUGAUAUCUAAUACUAUAUGUGUAUGGUGUGUGUAUAUAUAAUAGUUCUUUAAAAAAAAAUUCUACUCCAUACGACUGGUGUGACUCCUGGAUGAGAAGAAAUCCUGCAAUUCACUCUUUUUUGAUUUAUUGUAAAUGUUCUGGUUAAAGAAGCUUUCCACUUAGGUUUUUUAAGCAUUUGUACUAAACUUGGAUGAUAAUAUAGUUCUGCGCAGAGGUUUGCCGAUGAUCAAUCUGAAGAGUCAGCUUAGUUCUAUGCAUGUCAGGAGUAGUGAAAACAAGUGCUUUAGGCAGGUCUACUGCAGAUAUAUUUAUGCAAUGUAACGUGAAGUAGCAGCUUACUUCUACGUGUAAAGAAAGUUAGGUUAUAAAAGCAAAAUGCUCAUUUAAAACGAACAAGAGCUGCACACUUACGCACACAUGCUGACCAUCUCAGUGCACAGUCGUUGCACAAGUUGCAUUUUCUCUGUGAAGAAGUUAUGCAUUAAUAAGUAGUGAUAGAUGUAGGCAAUUGCCCUUUUUAUUCAGUCCCUAUUGAAGCAAAUCUAUGUUAAAGAAGAAAUAUCUCUUACAUUGAAGUGAAGCAGUACUAAAGGUGUAACAUCCACUUCGAAUGAUUCAGAGUCAGUUAAGUUCUGUGUUGGAAAUUUUAGGAGGUAACAUAAUUAGCAGUAAAUUUUGCUCUGCAUUCUUCCUGUUGGACAGAUUUUCAUACUGACUGGGGAGUUAUUUCAUUUAGAACUGCUCAAGAGGGGAUCUUAAGCAGAUCUUGUGGCCUGAGAUAAUUUAUUACAUAGGUUUCCAUUGGCACGAACAUCGGAAUCCAAUCCAGAUCUCACCCGCUAUAUUUCCCUGUCUGGACCCAGACUUGCUGAUACUUAGUAAUCCAAGUCUCUAUUGGAUGUUGCAAGUUUGGGAAACUAUAUGUAAGCUUCUACUAGGAGGCCCCCCCCCCCCGACCCACCCACUACAGUCAUACAGGUUCAUUAGCGGCUUUGAGAUUAGGAUCUUUCUAUACUACUGGUUCGAUGAUCAGUACUGGUAUAUAAUGUUCAACAAAUACCAGCUGCAUAAACCUGGCGUUAUAGCCAGUUUUGUGUUGCUUGAAAGGAGUCUUAUUUUCCAUCAAAUAGUGUAUCUGUGGAGAAUUAAGUGAUGUCAGGCUAGAUUUUGUCUGAAGGUGUUAUUUAACCCUUUGAGCACUGCAGUAAAGUCCAAAAACUUUAUUCAGUUCAUACAAUGAAUUGAGAAAGCAUCAGAAUCAAUACAUUCCCUAAGUUUGUUUUUAGUUCACUGAUAACUGCCCUGCCUGCCAAUGCAUAGUGUUUCAUUGCGUGCACCGAGAGUACAUGCUGGCUUCUUGCUCCAGGCACCCCUCUCAAUGUGAAGUUGUAAGUGAUCAAUCUGAGAUGUGGAAGAACGGAAUUUGGGUGUCUCCCCUAUUCACUGCUUCCAUAGGAGGUCACUGUCACUGCCCACCCUUUCCCUAUCGAAUAAGGAGGCUGCAGUGGGCAUCUCAGCAUUUGGACCUAACACAUAGUCUGUUGUUUAAUAUACCAAGCCACUGUUUGAGUACAGCACCGCACCUUUAUAUUUUCUUCCCAAGAUUCCCCUCCCCCCAAAAAAAGUGUAAAAGAACUUGUGUUUGUUGUUCUCGCACAAACAAACAGUUUGUCACUUGAAAGCAGCAUCAGCCUUUCCGUGCUCAGAGGGUUAAAGUCGCAGAACAUAAAAAUUGUUGUGGUAUUGACUGGGGUUCCACUUACCAGACUGUAAAUAAUGAAGGGAUUCAGUGCAGCUGAAUCCUGACAAGCCCCUGGUUCAGAACUUCUACAGGAUGAGAGCAUGAAUGGGAAUGAAAUGUGGGAGGUGCUUACCCUUGGCUCAGGUACAAGCUGAUCCAGAUUCUAUUGUAGUGGGAAUCUGGGGGGAGAACUCAGGCCACUGUUAAGGACACGCAAUCGAAUAGUCAAAAACAAAACGGAUAUCAGAGCACUCUUGCUACCUUCUGCACAAACCGCGUGGAAAUCUGAAUGUGCUGAAAAAUAAAACUUAUCAUGAAAUGCUUGAACUUGUCCAGUCCCAGAAACGAAGCACAGUUCCAUGCACCAAAUGCUGAAGGGAAGGAAACUGUCCACAGCACAAUGGAUUAAAAUGUAACCAUUUUCAUCAAUCAGCACCAAAAGCAAUUAUACUAACACUGCCUGCUAACAUGUUUUAGAGUGGUUAAUACUUAAGCUUCUCUUGGUUUUCUUUCUCUCAACAAAAGAAAAGUACUGUAGUAGAUUAGAGCUGAAAAUAAAAACAGUGACGAUUAUCGAUAGUGGAUAUGCAGCUUGUGACAUUGACAAGAGCAGCAAGGUCUAGAAGCCUGAGCGCAAAAAACAAACAAACGACGGGCUUCAAGAAACUUGUCAGUUUUCUAGUGUUUCUUUCAAAAGAACUUAGCAAUAACGAUCGAGAAAGUGUGCAUUAUUUGUGAAGGACGCUGACCAGCAUUAGUUUAUGCAUGAGGAAAAAUCAUAGCGACUAACAACAUAAAAGGGGUUUCAUAUAUUGUACAUAGUUUAAAAAAAAUCCCACCAAUAAUCAUAAUAUAGAUUUUGUUAUAUUCAACAUGAUAAAAGUAAGCAUUAAUGUGGGAGUUGGGAGAAGUCAUUAUUGAUCAUUUGUUUUCUUUUUGUUUACAUUCUUGUGCAGAGAGCACAUACACUAGUUCGGAGGGUGGAAAUGGUUUAUGCUCUUAAAAUAUCAUUUUUAAAACAAAAUACAACAGCACUGGAAUUUUAGUGUAUGUGCGUGGCCUGAAAAUUCUCCAAGUGUAAGGCUUACCAAACUAUUAGGAGUCUAUAUUUCCUACACUUUAGAUUGUGUAGACUUGAAACAUUCCUGGCAGUAAUAUGACCUCUGCUUCAAGCAGAGUUGUAGAAGAAAGUCACGUUUUGGUGUAAAACGACGACAAAAAUGGAAGAAAAAUGGUCCAUCUCCUCUCCCUUAUGGUAAUUAACUAUCACUUUAAAACAAAAUUGCAAAACUUUGUGUGUUAUAUGAAGUGACAGGCAAAUUUUGCAGCUGUGUUUGAAUUCUUUGUGUAAAAGCUAAAAGUUAUAUUUUUACAUGUAGACUUAAAAGUCAUUCAGUGUUUUUUGAAUAUGUCAUGAGGCUUUGUUUUGCUUUUAAAAAGAAAUAUAAAGGAAUCCCUGUGGUUUAAAAAGUGUCUCGUUUAAACAAGAUAGUAAAAUUUCAAGUAGCAUUGUCAAGGAAUUUUACAAGCACACAUAUUUCUGGAAACUUAUUUCAAAAAAAGGAACAAAAUAAGGUAUUUCACAUUUAUUACCUACUAAAUGUUUGAUCUAAAUCACUCUGCUGUUGGAAUAUUGUAGAUAAUGAUUACAUUUGUGAGUGUACAGGGUUUCGGUAUUUUGAUGGGCAGUUCAUGAUACUUUUGUAUGCAUGGAAGUGGAUCAAACAAACAAUGGAUUUCCAUUUGAAGCUGUGAAUUGGGAAGGAGCAAUAUCACUUAACUGAAGUAGAAAUGUGUUUAAUGUGCUGGUCUUACAGAAGGAGCACAGCACCUCGAGGCCCAACAUCAAUUCAAAGAGGCUAUAAUCUAAACUUGUGAUGAAAACUGAAAUGUUAUUACUCCCUUAGCUACUGCUUAUGUGAGAAGUAUAUUGGUUAAUAAAGACUUAGGUUAUUAGGAGACAUGGAGUCAAGGAGGGUUAAUAGUGUUAAGGUGUGGGUAAACCACAGUCUAAUUGAUUGUGUUAAGGCUAUAAAUAGCCUACUCCUGUUGUUUUGUUCCAUCUUUUGUUCUUAAAGUACAUUGGGAUACAAAUGAAUGCAAGUUGACUAGUUAUGGGCUAACUGUUGUAGUGUGAAGAGCUGCAUAAAUAAGCUAUACAAGGUGAGUGUGGUAUGCUUACAUGGUUAGAUUACUGACUACUACAGUCAGGUGUUAAUGAAUUGUUCAUCAAUAUUGAGUGCAGUAAACCAGUCGAGAUAUGAUUCCAGCUGUAACCACUACUUCAAGUGAUUAACUACUUCAUCAUUUUAUAUGCCAAAUGGUUUGGAAUCCUACUGUUAAGGUAACAUUACCAUGCUGAAGACAUGUCUUCCAAUACGUUUCUCCUUCCAUCUCUUGACUGCAUUGGUGUCAGAGUUGAUUUGAAAUGGUGUGGUUUAUAUGUAGAGGAGGUAAUGAGAUGAUUAUUUCAAACCCAGAGUGCAUUCUCACCAUUUAAAGAAGAGUAUGAUGGGAAAGAAAAUGGCUAAGCACGUACAACGACAUACAUGGUCAGGCAUUGAUGGGUAUAGUAAUUGUGUGUGUUGUUAGUUGAGCUACUUUUGUGUGUCUAAAUAUGAGCUGGCAAAUAGAGGCUUCUUUCAAGUAUAUGUUACUAGUUACACUGUAACAACAUUCCUUUGGUCUUGAUACAAUAAGUAGUUAAGACAUGGAAGAUUAUGCCUGAAUUUAAAAAGGGUAGUGCAGUUAUUUAACCAGGGUUAAGGAUAGCAUUUAUUUAACCAGGGAUCCAAGUUUCAAAUUUUGUUCAGGGAAUGAUAGGGUUUCUUAGCUUUGCUGUUUAAGAUCUUGAGUAGAAUGAAUUCCAUAAACACACCAUUUGAAAUCUUGUGCCAUUAGUGAUAAUGAAUGACAGCAUAUGAGGAAUUUUAUUUGAUGUACUAUUGUUUAGAGACUGUUUGAUUUGAAUAGGUAACACACAAUUGAUUAUGCCAAACUAUGACAUUUACAAUACCUCUGUUGAUUUAGUUGAGGAUGUACUUGCGGAUGUCAUCAUCUGAGACACUAUUUGGUCAACGUGCAAAAGAGUUAUAACAUUUCACUUAACAAAAAUGUCCGCAGAAUAUCAAGUAAGUUUUUUUUUAAAAUGUCAAUAUCUUAUUACCUUAGUCUUGUUAAUGGAUCCACUUCCCUGCCUAUGACAGUUCAUAAACUGAAUCAAACUGCUCACUCAUCAGUAUCCAUUGUCUUCAAUGUAGCUGUAAUUAACACUAACGCCUAUAAACUGUCAAUUGAACCAGUGAUGCAAUUUGUAAAUUUAUCCAGUCUUCCGAUUUUUUUUUCAAAUUUUGUUCAGUUUUUGUUUUAUUUUCCUUUUUGUAAUUUUUUUUUGUAUCAGGCAAGUUUUUUUUAAUUCUUAAUAAAAACAAAAGUGAACACUCUCCAGAAAUGAUUUAGCGUUUGAUAUGAACAAGCACAAACAUUAGCCAAUUAUAGCUGACUGGAAAAAUAGAUAGGUAAAAUUUUAAAAAGGAGAAGUAAUUCCAUAAAAUGGGGCACCAAGGCUUUUAUGAGCCCACUUUUACAGACAUUUUUCUCAUGGACUCUUAUUCAUCUUGUGCAGUGCUGGUUUACCAUGCUCAUUUCAAGUAUUAUAGACAUAUGUAAUGGUGAGAAUAUGAACUGUGGCCUUUUUCAUUCUUGUACUUGUGAUGCAAUUAAGUGAAGAGAAAAGCAGAGAAUUACCAUGUAUCAGUGCCUGGCUUUUUGUUAUAAAGCUUCUUUUGUCUAGUGCUCUUUUUGCUAUGAAAUAGACUGUAGUACACCCUAUAAAAGCUAAAUUUAAAGAAAAAAAUAUAUUUGGCUUAUUUUUCGCAGGAGCAAUCCUUUUAUACCAUGGAUCUUGAAAAAAAAAUUCUCGGAUUCUGAAUAUUUCUCUUUGUAGAUUUUUGGAAUCAUUCUGAGUAAAAGUUUGUUACUUUAUUUUACUAUUUAAAAGAUGUUAUUUUACCAUGUGUUACUGAGAUGAACUGUAUGGUAGCGUUUUAGUUGUAAGUCGCAUGAUGUCGCGACUACAAAUAGCUGCAGCAGUGAAGAAAAAAAAAACCUAUUUCACCUUUUUCCCAUUUGUGUGGCUCGAGUGCCUCAACUUUUCAUGUUUUUUUGGUGUUUUUCAGAUUUGUAGAAAUGUCCGAACAGAUUGUUUGCUGGAGUAUUCAAAGGCCAGCUCGAUGUAGGCCAUUACCUGUUUAUCAUCAGUAGUUAUUCCAAGCAGUCAUGUACAUGACAGUUCUGUAGCAAUAAAUGUGCCAUUUUUAUAAA